UGCUUGUAAUAAAUAUUUCCUUAAUUUGCACACUGGUAUCAUAACUCCAUAGCGGUUUGGAAGGAAGCAGUUAUAUUAAAAAAACCUGAUUGGACUUUGUGUUACCACUGCUUCUUAUGUGGUUCUCAAAAGUAUACGAUCCGCUUCAAGCAGGAUCCAUCGAUGGCACCGAUGCUUUACCUCACGAUAAUGCUAUUAAACGAGCACAGCAAUCUCACUAUCAUCCUCCAAAGGAACUGUCGAGUGAUCCCGCGAAAACGAUCUAUGUGGGGCGUUUAAACUUCAACACGACCGAAGAAAGUUUGCGUAGCUAUUUUGAACAGUUUGGUGAAAUCACACACAUUCGCUUGAUCUAUAAUCUUGUGACAGGAACUUCCCAAGGUUAUAGCUUCAUUACAUUCAAGCACGAGAAUAAUGCACGAACUGCAUAUGAUAAAGCAAAUCAUGCUGUAUUAGACGACCACAUCAUACUGGUCGACUAUGAACGAAGCCGUGGGAUGAAAGGCUGGGUUCCUCGUAGACUAGGCGGUGGAUUUGGAGGGAAAAAGGAGAGCGGCCAACUGCGUUUUGGAGCGCGAGAUAAACCAUUUCGAUGGCCAGCGUUAGUUUUUCUUCUGCUUCUUGCUAACAGACUCUUCUGUUACUUUGUUAGUGCUAUCGACUACUAAUCCCUUUAUUUUUUCCUUUGCAAAAAACAUUCAGAAGAAUGGGACGUGGUGAUGGUCACCAUAUAUCACAUGAUCAACGCCGUUCGGACAACUGGUGUCAAUUUAGUGAUGAAGCGCGCAAG